AUAAUUAAUGAGACACAUUUUACAAGUUAGAAUUAAUAAGGGCAUCAUUGGAAAAAAAUAAUUAAUAUAGCUCAAACUUUUAUUUGGUUCUUAUAAAAAGGACCAAGAUUUUUCUUCUCUUUCAUGCUUAUAAAUAGGACCGGAGGGAGUACUUAGUCUUAUGUGACAUAAUGUGAUUGGACGUCAGUGUAAAACAUAUCCAUUAAUCUCAUUAAAUAUAUGCAGACCCUGUGUGUCUCUAAAAAUAGUUCAAUGGAAUAUGUCAAAUGUGACAAAUAGUAUUAGUUAUGCGAUUACUUGUUAAGAUCUUGGUGUUUUCAUGCAUUGUUUGUGCCUUUGAAAACUGUGCCUUUGAAAACUGAGCCACAAUCACAAGUCACAACACUGUAUCAUCAGCUAACAGCAUCAAUGGCGAUUUCAGUUGAAACCUUCUUCAAAGAGAGGAAAUACCCAUUCAUUUUCACCCUCAUGGUCUUGCUAAUCUGCUUCACGAUCCUCCUUUUUGCCAACACCACCUUCACCUUCGAUCCAAAUAGCUUCUACCCUGAUGUCAAAGCGCAACCACUUGAACCCAAUUCCCCUGCAACCACAGAUUCUUCCCCAUUUCCGAAAGAUCACGAAGAAUCACCUCGUAACUUGACCAGGAUCUCUGCCCCAAAAGAUCAAGGGUUGUUGCGCCAGUGGGAGGAUGUUUUCGGCGGUGUUUCUGAUGAUUUGAAUGUGGAUUGGAAGGUUUGUAAGGGUGUGGCAGCGGUGGAUUAUAUACCCUGUUUGGAUAACUUGAAGGUGAUUAAGGCUUUGAGGACAAGGAGGCAUAUGGAGCAUAGGGAAAGGCAUUGUCCUAAUCCUAGAAGUAGAACCCGGUGUUUGGUGCCUCUUCCCAAAGGGUAUAAGUUUCCGGUGUCGUGGCCUAAGAGCAGGGACAUGAUUUGGUAUGAUAAUGUCCCUCAUACAAAGCUACUUGAAUACAAGAAGGAGCAACACUGGGUGGUGAAGUCAGGCGAACAUCUUGUCUUUCCUGGAGGUGGUACUCAGUUUAAAGAAGGAGUUGACCAUUAUAUUAAGUUCAUAGAAAAGACACUGCCCGCAAUCCAAUGGGGAAAAAAUAUCAGGGUUAUUCUUGACGUUGGUUGUGGAGUAGCUAGCUUUGGUGGAAGUCUUCUUGAUAGAAAUGUUAUUACCAUGUCAUUUGCACCCAAGGAUGAGCAUGAAGCUCAAAUACAGUUUGCUUUGGAGCGAGGGAUUCCAGCAACUCUUUCUGUCAUUGGAACCCAAAAGUUGGUAUAUCCUGACAACGGAUUUGAUUUGAUCCAUUGCGCACGAUGCAGGGUGCAUUGGGAUGGAGACGGUGGGAAACCGUUAUUUGAGCUCAACAGGAUUCUUAGACCUGGCGGUUUCUUUGCAUGGUCUGCAACACCAGUUUAUCGUGAUGAUGAAAGAGAUCAGAAAGUAUGGAAGGCCAUGGUGACUAUAACAAAAGCAAUGUGCUGGACUAUUGUGGCUAAGACUCUUGAUUCAUCUGGAAUUGGUCUUGUUAUAUACCAGAAGCCUACAUCAUCCGUGUGCUAUGAAAAACGCAAACAGAAGAAUCCUCCUUUAUGUGAAAAUCACGAAAGGAAAAAUAGCUCAUGGUAUACCAGACUCAGUGGUUGCAUUAUUCCUCUUCCAAUUGAUGGCGCGGGUAAUCUGCAGAGCUGGCCCAUGUCUUGGCCUCAGAGGCUUACAAGUAUACCUCCUAGCUUGUCUACUGAAUCAUAUGCCAGCGAGAUAUUCAACAAGGACAACAAACUCUGGUCUGAACUAGUUUCAGACGUUUAUAUAAAUGGUCUUUCUGUAAAUUGGUCGAGUUUUCGAAAUAUCAUGGACAUGAAUGCUGGUUAUGCAGGAUUUGCCGCAGCACUCGUUGAUCUACCAGUUUGGGUGAUGAAUGUAGUACCUAUUGAUAUGCCAGAUUCUCUUUCUAUUAUAUUUGACAGAGGGUUAAUAGGAAUGUACCAUGAUUGGUGUGAGUCCUUUAACACCUACCCUCGCACAUAUGAUCUUCUUCAUGCUAGCUUCCUCUUCAAAAAUCUUGAGAAAAGGUGUGACAUGGUUGAUGUGGUUGUCGAGAUCGAUCGCAUAUUGAGACCAGAUGGGUAUCUCCUCGUUCAGGACUCUAUGGAAACUAAUAGAAAGCUUGGUCCAAUCUUGCGUUCACUUCAUUGGUCAGUAACGUUGUAUCAAAAUCAGUUCCUUGUUGGUAGGAAGAGUUUCUGGCGUCCAAGGCCAUAGAAACUGAAUAAUGAAUAGGGUUGCUCAUCAUAUCCUCUGCUUCAGUGUAGGAUUGCUUAUAAUUUUCUUUAUUCUAAUCCUAAUAUAGAUAUAGAAUCAAACAAAACUACAAAUCAAGUAUAGGGAGGAUACUUUUUUUGGCAGACAAUCCGUUGAGGAUAAAUAUUUUUUUUGUUUUAACCACAACUGCUCUGUAUGUGUUGUUUGAGCAAAGAUAUUCUUUUAUUUUAUUUUUUUAGGAUAAUAGGUAUUGUUGUAUUGAGUAAACUAGUGCCUACAAAGCCAUUAUUUUGUAGAACCUUGAAUGAAUUAUAUUUUUAUUCCUUUCAAUA